AUGAGUAAUUUCAAUAAUGAGAGGCGGUUUUUUAACUAUCCUGAGCCUCAGGAGGGGAAUCCUGUCUUGAGAGGACCUUUUCUCGUUGCUGCUGCUUUUUUAAUGGAAUGGAUUCGGUUCAUUCGUGAGACCGCCUGGGCAAAUGCGGGUUUCGCUUCGCUCCGGAAGAUCCGGACUUAUCUUGAGCAUUUCGAGCCUCGCUACGACCCAACUGUUGUGCCGAUCGCGCUCUCUGAGGCUGAGGCUAAAGAACGCGGUGAGAGGGUUCAGAUUUCGGCUUUGCAACAGGCAAAUAAUUCCCAGACAUUAAAUCCGUCGAAAUUCUACUCGGCAGCUGAUUAUCGAGCUCUGUAUCUUUCUGGGGAGCUUACCCCGGUUGAUGUUGCCAAGGCAAUUCUGCCCCUCGUUGAAACUGAUGGCCCAACACCUGGCCGUCACGCUCAAGGCUGGAGAGAGCUCAAUGUUGAGCGUAUCAUGAGAGCCGCUGAAGCUUCCACGGAACGCUAUAAGAACAAGCAACCCCUCGGUCCUCUCGAUGGCGUUCCCUCUGCUAUCAAAGACGACUAUGAUUUAGACGGCUACUCAACAACUCUCGGCUCUCCAAGAGAUUACACCGAAACCCCCAAGGAUGGGGAAUCAACUACAAGCUGGAUCGUACGAAAACUCGAAGAAGCAGGUGUUGUCAUCAUCGGCAAGCUCGCCAUGCACGAGUUCGGACUAGAUACGACCGGCAACAACCCCAAUCAAGGAACGCCGCGUAACCCCUUCAAUUCAGGCUAUUAUACGGGUGGAAGCUCAUCUGGUCCUGCGUACGCUGUCAGUUCUGGACUUAUCCCCCUCGCUUUGGGAAGUGAUGGCGGUGGCAGUAUUCGCAUUCCGGGUUCGUUCUGCUCGGUGUUUGGAUUGAAGCCUACUCAUAACAGACUUGCUUCUUGGCCUGGUGCGAAUCACUCACCGACAUGUGCUGUUCAGGGACCUUUGGCUGUUGAUAUGCAGUCGUUGGCAGCUGCGUACGAAGCCAUCGCUGAGCCUCAUCCCUCGACGCAAUUUCCACCAUUGGCCCUGCAACCUUCACCGCCUGUAACGAAAGUCCUCGGAAUCUUCGAUGCAUGGAUCUCACGCGCUACACCGAGUGUCCAGUCAUUGGUUCGUGGGCUUGUUGAGUCUUUGGCCGCUAAACAUGGAUACACUCUCGUCCCGAUUGAAAUUCCGUUCCCUGCUGAGGGUCAGAUGGCGCAUGCACUGACUGUUCUGACUGAUGCUUCGACAUUGCUUUAUGAUACGAAGGGGUUGACGCCUGCUAACAAGAUUCUUCUUGCGCUGGGAAGGACUACGCCUUCGACGGAUUAUCUGCUGGCUCAGAAGUUGAGAGGAAUGUUGAUGCAGCAUCUUUCGUAUCUUUGGAAGACAUACCCCGGCAUGCUUAUCAUCACCCCCACUACUGCUUGUGCUGGUGCGCCUAUCCGCGGUGGAAAGUCCGAGUUAUCUUACGGCGUGAACGACGGAAACUAUACACUUCAAAGCAUGGAAUAUGUCUGGCUCGCUAACUUCUGCGGUCUUCCCGCCAUAACCGUUCCAGCAGGCUAUGUCGUUCCCGAAGGAAGAAAAGGCGCUGGCGAAGUUGCUGAUAGAGAUACGGAGGGCAAAAUUCCUGUCGGACUCAUGGCGACGGGAGAGUGGUGCAGCGAAGAUGCGCUCUUGCAGUUUGGUUUCGACGCAGAAGCUGCUGGACAGGACCUUCGAAGCAAGCCGCCGAAUUGGGAGGAUGUGAUUGAGAGGGCUAAGGAUGAGGCUAAGAUGAGUAGAGGACCACGCCGUGGAGUUGGGAAACAGAAGAACAAAGAUGACGGAGCUGUCAGCGUCUCUCAGUAUCCCAUCCGCGAACUCACCAGCUCAGAAGAAGAUAUCCAACAAGCAUGGCAGCUGUGGCAAACCAUCUUCCCGGACUGGCCUAUCGAGCAGGUUCGGUUCGCAGGGCUUCUUUUUGGCAUAAAGGGCCAGCACUGGAUUCACGAGCAUGGAUUCUGUCUGUCAUACUAUUCCAAGAGCGGGAACUCUGGGCAUAUCGCUGCCAUCGGAGUCUUAGCCGAAUACCGUCGUAAAGGACUCGGUAACGCACUCCUAGAGAACGGAAAGGCUGGUUUGAAAGAUGCGGCGAAGGUUGCAGGUCAGGAGUUGAAGUCCGUGGCGAUGGGUUCCAUCUUCCCGAGGUUUUGGUACCGAGUGCCAACCAGUCUCUCACCCGAAGCAAAAGAGUUCCUUUCUCACAGAGGCUCAUAUGAAGCCACUGAUACUGUCCGAGACCUUUUCAAGGACAUCCAGGCCGAAAUUGUACCGCCUGAAAUAAUGGAGCGAGUCUCAAAAAUAAAUAUCAAGUUCACUCCAUGGUCACCGGAACUGUACGAAGAAUGCAUGGCUAAACAAAAUGAGUUGUUCACCUGGGGCGGGAUCUACGAAGCCCUCGCAGCACGAGGUCAACACCACGAAGUCAUGGUCGCCAUUGACCCCGACACCAAUAAGCAGAUUGGCUGGACUCUCAUGUGCUCUUUCGGAUCCUCAGUCGGCGAUGCUUUCGCAUUUAUUCCUCUCCUUCCUUCUGGAGAAAAGACUGGUCUCAUCGCUGCGGUCGGAGUUGAUGAGGCGGCCAGAGGGAAAGGUGUUGGGCUAGCACUCGUUGUUAAAGCGAUGGAGAACCUGAAAGAGAGAGUUGAUCUGCGGACUCUACCCAAGUUCACUGCGCUUUCGUAUGUUUGGGGCGAAGGUUCCCACCACAAGAUUGCCUGCAACGGUUGCGAUAUCAACAUCACACAAUCCUGUUAUGAGGCAUUGACGUCGCUUCGAGAAUGCUUCCGGUCAUUGACAACAUGGGUUGAUGCAAUCUGCAUGAACCAGGAGGAUGCCAGCGAGAAGGAGCAACAAAUUGUCUUGAUGGGCAGUAUCUACACAUUGGCCGAAACCGUUUAUGUUUGGCUGGGUAUCGGUAAUACGAAAACCGAUCAGGCUGCCAAGUAUAUCGACGCCAUCUCGCAAUUUCGCUUGUUCCCUUCUGAAGUUCCGCAAAGCCCUCGUAGCAAUACUCAGCGUUCCCUUUCUCUUUUCGGACGUUGUAUUGAAAUUGGUCGAUACACAUUGCCCCUUGCUUUUCGAAACUUGUGCAUUGAACCCCUUAUUGCCGAGCGAUACCAAAGAGAUCGAAUCGAAAGAUUGUCCAACCUUCCAUUUGCCAGCCAGGAUGUAAUUAAUGCUCUCCCGGAUCAAGCCUGGCUUUCUCGCGCUUGGACAUUUCAGGAAAUGACUCUCGCAACAAACCCCGUUCUUGUUUGUGGAAGAAAGGGCAUUCCCUGGCUGGUCAUGCAUCAAGCCCUUACUUUCAUCGAGCAUUCGGCAACGCAGGCAUUGACUGAUCCCGUCAAGGGUAUAGUCAGCGAGAUUCAGCGACGAGUACACGAUGAAGUGUCCCGCUCCGACUCGUUCAAAAAAUGGCAGGCUCUAUUCGAUGUCUGGCAGACCAUUCCUCGUCAUUCUAGGCGGAGUAGCUACUUGAACAGUGAUGUGCAGGAUAGCAGGUGUUCAGUCCAUGACUGCGUUCUGGCUUUAGAAACAGCUAAGAUUCUCAGAUUCAAACGUUUUGUUCGGUUGAGCCUGGGGAUUGGCCAUGGAGUAGUGGCUUUCAUGAUCCUCUUCCUCACGCUUUUUAUGUUUGGUUUUUGGUUCUUGUUCUUCUUGGCCUUCCUGCCAAUCCCUAUUUUGUAUUUCACAGAUAACUUGACGAAGUGCUCUUUCGACUGCAUACAGGGUACUAAGGCUCGAAUGUACAGUCUGAUCUGCCAUCCUGGUCUCCAACCGCAGAACUACCUUGUUGCCCUUGCACAAGCUAUCAGAGACCGUGAUUAG